GCUGGCAGAGAAGUACAAGGAGUGCCUGACCAGCAAGGAGAAGAUCCUGAAGGAGAUCGAGGUGAAGAAGGAGUAUCUGAGCAGCCUCCAGCCUCGACUCAACAGCAUCAUGCAGGCCUCCCUGCCUGUCCAGGAGUAUCUCUUCAUGCCUUUCGACCAGGCGCACAAACAGUACGAGACGGCCCGCCACCUCCCGCCACCUCUCUACGUUCUCUUCGUUCAAGCCAGUGCCUACGGCCAGGCCUGUGAUAAGAAGCUUGUUGUGGCCAUUGAAGGGAGCGUAGAGGAAGCCAAAGCCUUGUACAAGCCACCAGAGGACUCGCAGGAUGACGAGAGUGAUUCUGACGCGGAGGAGGAGCAGACCACGAAGCGGCGCAGGCCCACCCUGGGCGUGCAGCUGGAUGAUAAGCGCAAGGAGAUGCUCAAGCGACACCCCUUGUCCGUCACCGUCGACCUGAAGUGCAAAGAUGAGAACGUGCUUCACCUGACCUUCUACUACCUGAUGAAUCUCAAUGUCAUGACGGUGAAAGCCAAGGUGACCACUGCCGUUGAGAUGACAACUGCCAUCAGUGCCGGUGACCUGCUCUCCCCAGACUCCCUCCUCAACUGCCUCUAUCCCGGAGACCAUGGGAGGAAAACACCCAACCCGGCCAACCAGUUCCAGUUCGAUAAAGUGGGCAUCCUGACCUUGAGCGACUACGUGACAGAGCUGGGGCACCCCUACGUGUGGGUGCAGAAGCUGGGCGGCUUGCAUUUCCCCAAGGAUCAGCCUCAGCACAUGGUCACUGCGGACAACUCGCUGAGCGCCCGCCACAUGGAGCUGACAGUGAAGCUGCUGCGGACGAGGCUGCAGUCCCGCCUGGCUCUGCACAAGCAGUUUGCGUCGCUCGAGCAUGGCGUUGUGCCGGUCUCCAGCGAGUGCCAGCAUCUCUUCCCUACCAAGAUCGUCUCGCGCCUGGUGAAGUGGACUGCCAUUCCCUACGAAGAUUACGCUGACCUGCCCUACACCAAGGAUGUCAUAGAGGCCGGCUUGGCUGAAGACACUCACCUCUACUACAUGGCCCUGGUAGAAAGGGGAACAGCCAAGCUCCAGGCAGCCGUGGUCCUGAACCCCGGUUACUCCACGCUGCCGCCCGUCUUCAGCCUGUGCCUGAACUGGAAAGGGGAGCGAACCAGCAGCAACGACGACAACAUUCGGGCCAUGGAGAGCGAGGUCAACGUGAACUACAAGGAGCUGUGGGGGCUCAAACCGGGCUACCAGCUCCUCACCAACCAGCUGCAGCGCCUGUGCAUGGUGCUGGACGUCUACCUGGAGACGGAGCCCCACGACCCCAGCGUGGAGGGACCCAAGGAGUUUCCCCAGGAGAAGAUGUGUCUGCGCCUGGUCAGGGGGCCCAUGCGCCUGAAGCCCUUCAAGUUCAACUACCCUCAGGGCUUCUUCAGCCAUCGCUGA